GGUCGGGUUUCGGGUAAAAAGAGGCCUGUGAUUUUUUUGGGCAUAGCUCGAACGCUCUCCACGCCCUUCCCUCCACAAACAGCCAAGCACGCGAAGCCAUUUGAAAAGCUGGGAGCUUUCUGCUUUUUCCCCUUCCAUGGAAUCCUUCCAUCUGUCGAAGCUCGCAUUCGCUCCUCCUGCCUGCUUCGCCACCCUCAUCCUGCCGCCGCUCCGCCUCGCUGCAUCCUCCGCCGCCGCAUUCCGGGUCUUUUCGGCCUCUGCAGCCGACGGAGCUGUCGCUGCGCCUCUUACGCUCGACUCGCCGUCCGUGAUUACUGGCCUUCGAGAUUCGGGGAAAGCUGAUGGACGAGCUAGGGUUAGGGGCAUCAAGGAAAUUCAGAGAGCUGAGCUCAGGGAGAACUGGCUGGACGCUCUAUCUUGCCCCUUUCCUCCCGCAAAGCCUUCCACUGAGUGGGUAAUUGGAGUUGACCCGGAUGUUUCUGGAGCCCUAGCCAUACUGAAACCUGAUCAAUCUCCUCAAGUAUUUGAUUCUCCUCACCUGAAAGUAAUGGUUGGGAAAGGAUUACGGAGUCGUUUAGAUGCAAAGUCCAUUGUUAACUUGCUUCGAAGUUCUGAAGUUCCCGUUGGAACUACUGCAUUUAUUGAGCAAUCAUCUCCAUACCCACAAGACGGUAAACAGGGUUGGUGGGGUGGAGGAUUCGGGUAUGGAUUGUGGAUUGGAAUCUUAGUAGCUUUGGGAUUUACUGUUGUUCCUGUUCCAUCAUCAUUGUGGAAAAGAGAUUUUAAGCUGCCAGGAGGUCACCUAAAUAAGGAUUAUAGUCGAGAGAUGGCGUGCAAAUUAUUUCCAUCUAUGAGUUUACACUUAAAAAGGAAGAAAGAUCACGGCCGAGCUGAGGCUUUACUUAUUGCUGCUUAUGGAAGGGGUCUAGAGAUGAACUGCAAAACAGGGUGUGACUGAAUAACUUUCAUUUCUUUAAGUUGAAAGACUGCCAUUUUUUGCUCAUUUCGCCUCCCAUUCAUUCCUAUGUUGUCUAGUAUUUGAAUGUCCCGGGAACCUAGAAAACCGAUGGGUAUAUUAGGACCUACCCAAAUAUGUAUAGUGUGUGAGACCUAAUAUACCCAUUUCAUCGUAUAACUAACACUAGAAGCCCACAUGAGAUGGGCCCGACUAACCCGACUCGAAAGUGAGGUUAAAAGUAUGCUAUGUGACCGUGGAGGUAGGCGCUAGGGUUAGGAGACAAAACGUGAUCUUCGCUAUAUCUCUCACAUCCCCUAUGAUCUUCCAUUAUCAUGGUCAUGUUCCCAUCAAGUGAUUCUUGAUGCAAGCAUUUAUGGUAGAUAGAUAUGGAGCAUUGAUGACAAUUUUACAGG